AUAACACGACACACGAGACUUGAAAUUGUGAAUGAAGAUACAUCAAAAUCAUAUAUUUUAUCAGAAUGGAAAAACUGGGAAUAAACAGAAUAUAAUAAUCUGUUAUUUGGCUAUAAUAUUUACUACUGAAGCAAGUGAAGCACAGUAAUAAAGUUCUACUGUAACUAUAUUAAUAUAAUCCAAUUAGCCAUAUGUUUAAUGUAUUUUAAUGGUUAAUAAUGUCUAAACUUGUCUUCUAAGAAUUAAUUAAAGUAUAACUUAACUAUUUUACAGCGUUUAUUACUGUUGUAAGUGUAACAGAGUAAUAAAAUACCUUUGUUUUAGAUGAACUUUAUAAAAUGAGGCACUUUAAUGCUGUUAAAUGAAGUUUUGGCGGCCCCUGCUGUUUAGUGGUGAACUGCAGUUACGCUACGUUUGGUCUUUCUGAGCCACCGUACCUCAGCAGCGGUCUGUGUGUUUCUGUGCUGCGGAAAUUAAAAUAUUAUAGGAUUUCUCCUGAAAUCUAUGAAAGAGGUGAAACACAAGCCAUCCUGAGGAAUCUCCUGAACACGCAGAAAUUGUUUGAUACAUUUAACAGACAGAGGAACAGAGGAAAGACUCGACAUGGAGGAACAUCACCACUCUGUCAAGAGUUUUACUAAACAGAGUAAUCUCAAAAAAAACCAGCGCAUUCACACAGGAGAGAAACCGUAUUACUGCUCAGACUGUGGAAAGAGUUUUACUCAACAGAGUCAUCUCAAAAAACACCAGCUCAUUCACACAGGAGAGAAACCAUAUUACUGCUCAGACUGUGGAAAGAGUUUUACUCAACAGAGUCAUCUCAAAAAACACCAGCGCAUUCACACAGGAGAGAAACCAUAUUGCUGCUUAGACUGUGGAAAGACUUUUACUGAAAAGAGUGCUCUCAAAAAACACCAGCGCAUUCACACAGGAGAGAAACCGUAUCACUGCUCAGACUGUGGGAAGAGUUUUACUCAACAGAGUCAUCUCAAAAAACACCAACGCAUUCACACAGGAGAGAAACCGUAUUGCUGCUCAGACUGUGGGAAGAGAUUUACUCAACAGAGUAAUCUCCGAAAACACCAGCACAUUCACACAGGAGAGAAACCGUAUUACUGCUUAGACUGUGGGAAGAGAUUUACUCAACAGAGUAAUCUCCGAAAACAUCAGCGCAUUCACACAGGAGAGAAACCGUAUCACUGCUCAGACUGUGGGAAGAGUUUUACUGCAGAGAGUCAUCUCAAAAUUCACCAGCGCAUUCACACUGGAGAGAAACCGUAUUGCUGCUCGGACUGUGGGAAGAGUUUUACUGAACAGAGUAGUCUCAAAAAUCACCAGCGCAUUCACACAGGAGAGAAACCGUAUUACUCAGACUGUGGGAAGAGUUUUACUGAACAGAGUACUCUCAAAAAUCACCAGCGCAUUCACACAGGAGAGAAACCUUAUUACUGCUCAGACUGUGGGAAGAGUUUUACUGACCAGGGUAAUCUCAAAAAACACCAGCGCAUUCACACAGAAGAGAAAACUCCAUCCAUGCAAUUAAAAGUGCAAAUCGCAAGUCUUUCGGACAGAACACCUUAUCCUACACAAAUGUUUCACUUUGUCACUUGGGACACGUUCCACCAGAAACAAACAUGAACUGAAUUUAACAAUGGAUUUUACAGAUUCAGCAAAAUGCAUCUUAUCCAGCGAUCAUGUUUAUUUAAUUCCAUGUUAUGUUUUCUUAUAUGUUUGAUAUUCCAGGACAUUCUUUGUGAGACAGAGCUGAGUGUUUAGGGUAGUUACGGUAGGAGUUCAGUUCUGAAGAAUGGAAAAAACGUAGUCUUUAAAAUUUAGAUGUCAUAGUAAUUAGGAUUCUUAGCUGGCAACUAAAUGUUUAGGACCAAACCUUCCUAGCUUAUGAUUUUAAUGCUUUUAAUCCCCUUUCUAGUAUAUGCAGAUUUGAUUAUUUCUAUUAAUUAAAGUAUCUCUGUUUUCACUCUGUGGAAGCCGUACUCAGUUCCCCGGGCUUAGCAUAGCUUAGCUUAAUGCUCCAGAGGAACUCCAGAGAGUGCUCCCAAAAGUGAGACCCAGAGCCACAGAGAGAGACGACACUGUGCCGGGUACUGCCGUGUGGACCGGAGGAGCAUCCAGACUCUGCAGAGAGGCCAACAAAAUCCUUUCCAGAGGUUAAAUAAAAUGUUCCAGCUGUAGCUUCUAUACUAAAAUCAACCCCCUCCAGGCUUGUGUAGCGCAGUGAGGUUGUGGGCUCAUUCAUUCCUUCUGAUGGUGUUCUCAUUUGUCUAUGGUUCAGUCCGAUUAAAAAUCUGUUCCCAUAGAGGGAUAUUUGGUUGUUGUAUUACUCAAGUUUUAUGCUCUCUUAUCUUUUCCUUAUUGAAUAUUAUAUGUUUUUAAUCUCCAAAAUUUACUAAGAAUAUCAAAAUCAUGUAGUUUCUUAAUUGUUUUUAUCCACUACAAACUAUUAUCUAUGUAUUGCUUCACCUCUAUAUUUACUCAUCUGUUUGUUUUAAUAAACGGCUUUUAGAUUGCAGAUCUGCAAUCUCAUUGUGUUUUCUCAACAUAUGUUUGACAUGAAACCUAUAGGCCUGAGAUUGUCUCAUGUUAUUAUUUGUUAAAUACUCAAAGGCGCCCAACAGAGAAAUCCAGUGUAAAAUGGAUUUGUGUUGAAGUGUAACAUAAGUCAAUUUAAGUUUGAAAUUCGGAAAAGAUGUUUUUUUGUUAUUGGUUCAGGCUUAAAAGGGUUAAAUAUACAAUUACUUCCAAAGGUAGAGUAACAUGUGUUUAAUUUGUUUUCAUGUUUAUAAAGUUUUUUUUA